CAGCUUCAAAAUAAACCCUUCAAACAAGGGGAGUUUAAUUGCAUUCAUCCCACUUAUAUCAAUCCUCUCUCCCUGGUUUUCGUUUCUUUAACAUGGCCAACACAGUGCUUAACAAAGCUUUCUUAUUCUUCCUCUUCUUCUUUAGCUUCUUUAUUCGAAGCAAGCAAGAUAACCCAUGUCCUUAUCCAUGUUACCCAUCACCAACAGGUACCGGAGGAGGCGGAGGAGGUGGUGGAACAGUCACUCAAACGCCUCCAGCUAGUUAUUCACCACCUUCACAAACGGGAGUAUACCCUCCUCCUGUUGGGAACCUACCACCAUACUACACACAACCACCGCCUUAUGGUGGUAAUUCUUUAUACGGUCCGCCUCCUCCUGAUCCUAUAUGGCCUUAUUUCCCGUACUACUAUAGAAAACCUCCGCACCGGGCGGAUGAUCAGUCAGCGGGAACAACAGUUAGGCCUGGGAAAUCAAUCUUCAUCAUCACAGCUACCACAGGUCUUCUUGUAUUUAUUAUUCUAGUUAUUUCUAGUUUAGGGAAUUACUAGCUAGUUAAAGUAAAAAAGAAA